GCGGCGCGGCCAUGCAGAGGACGGGCGGUGGCUGCGUGGUCUGCGGGCAGGGCGGGCGCGGGGCCGCGAAGUACCGCUGUCCGAGCUGCCGGGAGAGAUAUUGUUCAGUGCCCUGUUACAAGAAGCACAAAGAAGUGUGCGCGUCCAGAGCGGAUCCAGCCACAGGGCCUGCAAGCACAGAAGCUUCCUUGGCCAUUCAAAGGGAGAAAUCACGCAGGGCUGAAGGCAGUCCUUGGUCCGUGGAUGACAUUUUGACUGAAGACGACGAAGACGAUAGGGUGCCUCUCCAGAAACUUCAGCUGCUGAAGGACUCAGAAGAGCUCCACUGCAUUCUCUCAAAUCAUCACCUGCGCCCGCUGCUGCUUACAAUUGACCAAGCCCAAGACAAGAGCACUCUGCUGCGACAGUACAUGCAAGAGCCUGUGUUUGUGGAGUUUGCGGAUUGUUGCCUAAGGAUUGUCGAGCCAACGGUGAAGGAGAACGAAAUUCCAGAGUAAAACCUGGGAGUAAGCAGAGGAUUCUCCAGCUGUGGAAGACUGCUAGCCAAUUUGGAAACGCUUGGUGUUAUUCCCGGCUGAUUCUCUGUUGGAAUAUCUCUUGGCCAGAAGGGGCCACGCUGCUCCCAAGAACGGUUGAUCCAGGUUUGUGGGGAUCAUUUUCACACGCUGAGUUUUUUGCACCCGCAGAUCUUUGACAGCUUCACAGUGGCAGCACCUCUAGAAGGUGGCUGGUUUUGAAAGGGAAGACGAUGCUUUUAUUCCUUAAUAAAGACUAAACUACUCUUUA